UCCAGUAGCCGCUGUAGCAGAAACAGCAGUCCAAGCAUCACUAUGCUAUGAUAAUAGCUGCUGUUUACGGGGGACUCGCUAGUAGAGGCACGUCAGGAAAGCAAAUCUAGGCGUUGUCAUUACACCGGGAGAGCACCCUGUUUCGCAGAAGCAUAACGGCAUUCAGGCACAUGCUUGUUGUGACAGCAGGAGCUUGCUUUUCACUGCAGUGCAUUGUUCUUUCUUUACUACAGAUAAUGGUAAGGUGGUUGUUUCUUGCGUCGGCUUGAGCUGUUUUGGAUGCUCAUUUGCCAGAGGAGUAAAGAUGCUGAACGUGACAAUGUGCGCCGCACGCCUCAGCUACGUGCUGCAUCUGGCUUAAUGGCCAUUGUUAUGUUUGCUCGAUUUGACUGAAGAAGAGUAAGGUGUCGGGUUGUGUUUGCAGAAGCGAUGUCCAAAGGGAGGAACUGCGAGACUGUCAAAGUGGUGGUGAGAUGCCGCCCCUUGAAUUCGAAGGAGGAGGCAGUCGGUCACGAAAACAUUGUGACGAUGGAUGUUAAAUUAGGGCAAGUGUCUGUCCGCAAUCCGAAGGCUUCCCCCGGUGAGUUACUUAAAACAUUUACCUUUGACGCCGUAUACGACGCAAACUCCAAGCAGAGUGACCUGUACGAUGAGACUGUCAGGCCUCUCAUUGAUUCGGUGCUUCAAGGCUUCAAUGGGACCAUAUUUGCAUAUGGUCAAACUGGGACAGGCAAGACAUACACGAUGCAAGGGGCUUGGAUGGACCCUGAAAAGAGAGGUGUUAUCCCUAAUUCUUUUGAACACAUAUUCACCCAUAUAUCAAGAUCACAGAACCAGCAGUAUCUGGUAAGGGCAUCAUAUCUAGAAAUUUAUCAAGAGGAAAUAAGAGACCUCCUAUGCAAAGACCAGACCAAGAAAUUGGAGCUCAAAGAAAAUCCAGAAUCUGGAGUUUACAUCAAAGAUUUAUCCUCCUUCGUGACAAAAAAUGUAAAGGAGAUUGAACAUGUCAUGAAUGUGGGCAACCAAGCUAGAUCGAUUGGGUUCACCAACAUGAAUGAGCACAGUUCAAGGUCUCAUGCCAUUUUUGUAAUCACAGUGGAGUGCAGUGAGAUGGGGAUUGAUGGCGAAAACCACAUCAGAGUGGGCAAGCUAAACUUGGUGGACUUGGCUGGCAGUGAGAGGCAAAGUAAAACUGGUGUUCAGGGUGAACGUUUCAAGGAAGCUACUAAGAUCAAUCUUUCACUGUCUGCAUUGGGAAAUGUUAUAUCUGCCCUGGUUGAUGGCAAAAGCACUCACAUACCUUACAGGGACUCAAAACUCACCAGGCUACUUCAGGAUUCUCUUGGAGGCAAUGCUAAGACCAUAAUGGUGGCCACUCUUGGUCCUUCUUCCUACAACUAUGAUGAAACACUGACAACCCUAAGAUAUGCUAACAGAGCCAAGAACAUCAAAAAUAAACCACGGGUAAAUGAGGACCCCAAAGAUGCCCUGCUGAGAGAGUUCCAGGAAGAGAUUGCCAGGUUAAAAGCCCAACUAGAGAAACGGGGUAUGCUGAGCAAGAAAAGGAGACGAAAUAGCAGGAGAAAUCGAAAAAUACUGGAUGGUGAGGAAAUCACUGAUGGUGAGGGUGAAGAAGAGCGGGAGGAUAACAUGGAGAAGGAUGUAGAAGAAUACUUGAAGGAACAGGAGCAGAAACUGGUGCUGGAGAAAGCUGCUAUCUUGGAUGAUCACAGCCUUGUGGCAGAAGAAAAGCAGAAACUACUUGAUGAGAAAGAGAAAAUGAUGGAGGAUUUGAGAAGAGAACAGGAGGCCACUGAGGCACUAACUACUAAAUUCAAGGCUAUGGAAAGCAAGCUGCUUGUUGGAGGGAAAAACAUCAUCGAUCAUACAAAUGAACAGCAAAAGAUGCUGGAGCUGAAGAGGCAUGAAAUAGCAGAGCAGAAACGCCGUGAGCGAGAGAUUCAACAGCAAAUGUUGGUGCGAGAUGAGGAGACAGUGGAGUUGAGAGAGACAUUUUCUUCCCUACAGCAGGAAGUUGAAAUUAAAACGAAGAAACUGAAGAAGUAUAGAAAGCUUUACUCCAAGCUUCAGUCUGUGAAGGCAGAAAUACAGGAUCUUCAAGAUGAGCAUGUGAGAGCCAGACAGGAUCUAGAACAAAUCCAAAAUGAGCUGACUAGAGACCUCAAGUUCAAGUAUUUGAUUAUUGAAAACUUCAUUCCUCCAGAGGAGAAGAACAAAAUAAUGAAUAGAAUUAUUUUUGACAGUGAGGAGGACCAAUGGAAAUUUCAGCCCCUGGUUCCAAGUGGAAACAGGAACAACCAAAUGAAGAGGAGGCCUUCCUCUGCAGUGGGCUACAAGAGGCCAAUCAGUCAGUAUGCACGGGUUGCCAUAGCAAUGGGAGCUCAUCCUCGAUACAGGGCAGAAAACAUCAUGUUUCUAGAGCUAGACAUGUCCCCACCUACUGUAUUUGAGCUGGACUUCUCCAGGACCCAGUCUGACCAUGACUUGGCUCUUCGCCUUGAACGUGAUCUGUUCCUUGAAAAUUCUGCAUAUAGGGAAAGAGCAGCUGCCACUCGGGUCAAGAAAUCCAGGUCUUGGUGUCGACCUCCAAGGUUAAUAUCUUCCUCAUCUUCAAGCUUCACUCUGGCCUCUGGAUCCCAGUACUUCCCCCAGCCACAAGGGGUAGCAACAUCAUCCCAUCCUUGAAGAUCCCCUUUUAUACCUCUGAAGGGAAGUCCAGGGCAUGAAGCCUGCAUUCAGCACAAAGUGUGCCAGCUUCCAGCAAAAUUAGCAUUAAUUAUCUUUGUUUUCUAUGUGGAAAAGCAAAUGCUGCAGAACAAAAGGAAAACUAAUUGCACUGGACUGGAGAACCAUAACUGGCAGCAACAACAAAAUGGGGGUUUGUUAUAUCGUUGUGGUGUAAAAUAGCUACAUAUAAGGCCUUUGCUUUGCUCAGUUACAGAAACACAGUGCUCCUUUAGGGUCACAGGUUAAUGUGCCAUUGCUGCCAUGUCUCACAGAUGGCCACCUUUCACAAGUAGAAAGCAACGUGGGUGCUUUCCUAUAGUACAAGCAAAACAACUCCUGCAAAAAUUCAGAUUCUGUGCUGCUCAGUAUAUUUCAGAAGCUUUGGGUGUUGAACCAACAUGAAAGGAUUAAUAAGGUGAAAGGUUUGCUGAGUAUAUGGAACCUCUGGUUGGUUACUGAUUUUUAUUAAUAUUUUAAGUUGCUAUACUGAGAUGCAUUAUUAUUUCAAAUACAACAAAGCUAGCCUUUAAUAUUACAUUAAAAAAUAACCUAGGAAGAAAAUUAUUAAUCACAGUUUUACCCCUUUCUCCUAUUAUGUUUUUAAAACUUGCAAUUAUGCUUCCCAUAAAUAUAAUACAGUAGAUAGGGUUGUUCUUUCAUUUGCUAACUGCUAUCAUAAAAGUAAUGUCAGAAUAAUGGCCUAACUGAAAAGUAGAAUACGAUGAAGGGAGUUUUGCACAAAACAAAGGGGUUCCAGUUUCUGUAUCUUUAUUGCAAUUAUGUUUUCUUGUCAUCCUUUGGGCGUUUCAUAUUGGAGUCAAGACUGUCAGCCAUUGUGUCGUUCAUGCAGCAUCUUUCAGGGUAAACAGCUCCCGAAAACAUUGUUUCUGUGCCAUGCAACACAUUUGUUUUUAACAAUAUACAGUCUCUCUAAGUGACAUGUUGACACAUUGAACUGGAAGUGGGAAUUGGACUUGCAACCUUUUGACUUUAUAUCAGGCUUCUUAUCCACUAGGGAUGGAUUUAACUUAUUGAUUAAUGCUGACCAGUUCAGAGUCUAAG